GCGCAUCUCACGACUCCUCACUUCAUCAGCCAAUAACAAGCCUACCUACCCCCAGUGCCCGUCCGAAACAAGCUGUUCCCGAAGAAAAGACGCAGGCUCAGGUAAUCUGGCUAAUAUGGAUAUGGACAGAAACGCCAAGUGAGGAGGCUGGACGACCUGGCUCCGCUCGGCCUCACCACCAUGCUUACCCUAUUUCCGUUGACUAGACGACGCGCUCAAAGUACUUGGUGAUUCGGGCUGAGGAUUUAUUACCGCGAAUUGGUGGCUGUUGAUUCUGCGAGGUUGUAUUACUGAUUGCUGGUUUUGUACUCUUACCCUUAGCCAACUGUCCUACCCUGCUUUCCACGAACGUUCAAGCGUCCGACCCCGACCUUUUCGCUGCCCAAUUCCCCCCUGAUCGAGUUUGAUCCUCUCUUGCGACACCAACUCGGCCGCGAUAUCAUCUCGCGACUUCAAUCUCAACAUGCCAGUCGAGCUUCGUAAGCGCAAAGAAGCGCCCCCAGCGCCAGUGCGCGCGGCCAAGAAGAAGGCACCUGCUAAGGACAAGAAGCCUGAAGAGGAGAAAACGGUCGUCGAAAAGGUCCAGGAAGCCGUCACAGAGCAGGUUGAAGCUGUCAAGGAAGCUGUUGUCGGUAAGAGCAACGGCAAGUCUACGGCGGCGGCGGCGCCUGCGAAGAGCGGCCCACCCAAAGUCGGCGACAAGAUUGACCUCGCCUCCUUCGGCGGAGAGAUCGAGACGAAUGAUGGAGACAAGACGACACUUGCGAAGCUUGUCGAGGAGAGCAAGGGCGGCGUUGUACUAUUUACCUACCCCAAGGCUUCGACACCAGGAUGCACAAAACAAGCUUGCCUCUUCCGUGACUCCUACGAUCCCCUCACCGCAACCGGAUACUCCAUCUACGGUCUCUCCGCUGAUAGCCCCAAGGCCAACACAACCUUCAAGACCAAGCAGAAGCUCCCCUACACCCUGCUUUGCGAUCCCUCACAGAGCCUCAUCUCGGCUAUUGGAUUCAAGAAGCCACCGAAGAGCACCACGCGUGGUGUCUUUGUUGUUGACAAGGAGGGCAAGGUACUUGCCGCUGAGCCUGGUGGCCCAGCAGCUACCGUCGAUGUCGUAAGGGACCUUGUGGGCAACAAGGAGGGCGUGCCGAGUAAAGAAGACGCCGAAAAGGCUGAGAAGAAGGAAGACCACGAGAUGGCGGAGACGGCUGAUGAGGUCGCUGAUAGUGCGGCCAAGGUGGAUAGCAACGAGGCUUGAUAGAGGUCCUGUAAAAAGUGUACGCAGCACACAAACCUUCUCUUCAUCCUUGUCCUGGGGUUGGCGUCAUCAGAGCUUGGGGAAAGCAUUUGGUACUGCUACAUCGAAUACAUUUCCAGGUUUUGGUACAUGUUGACUAUUGUUCGAACUUCCAUCUCUAAACUCAUCAAAAAUCCUGCUGUCAGGAUGAAGGCUAUCGUUAUCGCAGAUUUGUACCUGAGGGCUCUUACAAGAGCUUUUUUUUUUUGGAGGCACGAAC